CAUCAUCUUCAACUUUUCAUUACCAACAAUGAAGCUCAUCAUCUUCACUUUCAUCCUUUCCUUUGUCUUAUCAACAAAGGCGGUGAUCCUCGAUACCGACGGCAAUGAGCUAAAGCCUAACACAGAGUACUACAUCCUCCCGAGUGCCACCGUCUAUGCCGGAGGGCUCACCUUAGGCAACAAAAACAGUUCAUGUGCUGAAAAUGUGGCUGAAGGUAAUUCACCUACAGAAAAUGGCCUACCUGUGAACUUCACUACAGUAAACCCUAAUUCCACAACUAUUGCCCUUAAUGAAAGCAUAAACAUUGCCUUCUCCGGUCCGACGACAUGUAAUUCAUCGACAGUAUGGACUUUAGUCUCUGAUACCGACACCGGAAAGCGAUUCGUGAAGAUUGGUGGAGUUUUAGGGAACCCUGGGAAUGAUACUUUGGCCAACUGGUUUAAUAUACAAGAGUACAUGAAUGGUCUCUACAAGCUUGUUUAUUGUCCUACUGUUUGUGAGACAUGCAAGCCUGCAUGUGGAUAUUUGGGUAUUGCUAAUGAUGAUGAUGGGGGACUUUGGCUUGCUAUCACUGAUGAGCCAUUUGCUUGUGCUUUUACAAAGGCUUGAUGUUGAUAUAUGUUGAUGUUGUGUCAUGGGUUAAUUUAUAAUUAAGUUUAUAUUUGAUUGAAUAAAAUGGUUGUUAGAUAUUAUACAUGUUGUCAAAUAAAGGGAAGUUAUUUAGACAUGCAUUCUCAGUUGUGCUAAU